CUUCCCCUCCCUUGGAGCUGCUCCCCAGGGCAGAGGCGGUUCUGAUCUCUGGGCCUCUCUGUCCCGCAGAUGGCGGAGCGCAAAGUUCUGGUUCUGUUUGGCAGCCAGACUGGGACGGCUGAAGAUGCAGCCGAGAGGAUUGGCAGAGAAGCCAAGCGGCGGCACUUCCAGUGCAGAGUGGAGGCACUGGAUAGCUAUGAUGUGGCCAACCUCAUCAAUGAGCCACUGGUGGUGUUUGUCUGUGCAACCACUGGCCAGGGUGACCCUCCUGACAACAUGAAGACGUUCUGGAGGUUCCUGUUCCGGAAGAGCCUUUCCCCCUCCUCCCUCUGCCAGCUGGACUACGCCGUGCUGGGCCUCGGCGACUCCUCCUACCCCAAGUUUAACUUCAUUGCAAAGAAGCUGCACAAACGUCUGCUACAGCUUGGGGGCAACCCUCUGCUGCCAGUGGCACUGGGAGAUGACCAGCACGACUUGGGACCAGAUGCAGUGAUUGAUCCGUGGCUCCUGGCCUUAUGGGACAAGGUCCUUGCCUUGUACCCUCUCCCCCCUGGCCUUGAGAUCAUCAGCCCAGAUGUCUGCCUGCCGCCGCGCUACGCGCUGCACUACCUGCCCGAGGCCGAGCAGCGCCCCCCGGCGGCGCCCGGCGAGCGGCGCCCCCCGGCGGCGCCCGGCGAGCAGCGCCCCCUGGCGGCGCGCCUCCUCACCAACCGCAGGCUGACCGCGGAGGCUCACUUCCAGGACGUGAGGCUCAUCGAGUUCGACAUUGCCGGCUCGGCCAUCACGUUCUCUGCGGGGGACGUGGUGAUGAUCCAGCCCCAGAACAGCCCUGAGGAUGUGCAGCAGUUCUGCCAGCUGCUCUGCCUGCAGCCAGACAGACUCUUUGUGCUGAAGCCCACAGAGCCUGGUACAGCCCUGCCUGCCCUGCUGCCCCAGCCCUGCAGCAUCAGGCAGCUGCUCACACACCACCUGGACCUGGCCUGCGUGCCGCGGCGCUCCUUCUUCCAGCUCCUCUCCUGCCUCUCCACUCACCCCCUGGAGAGGGAGAAGCUGCAGGAGCUCAGCUCAGCACAGGGCCAGGAGGAGCUCUACAGCUACUGCAACAGGCCCCGAAGGACCACCCUGGAGGUCCUCUGGGACUUCCCUCACACCUCCUGUGCCAUCCCUCCUGACUACCUGCUGGACCUCAUCCCACGCAUCAGACCCAGGGCCUUCUCCAUUGCCUCCUCCAUGCUGGCUCUCCCUGACCGGAUCCAGAUCCUCAUGGCAGUGGUGCAGUACAAGACCAGGCUCAGCAAGCCCCGGCGAGGGCUCUGCUCCUCUUGGCUGGCUUCCCUCAACCCAGAGCAAGGUGAUGUCUGGGUGCCUCUGUGGGUGAAGAAGGGAGGACUGAAGUUCCCAGCUGACCCUGACACCCCUGUGGUGAUGAUCGGGCCUGGCACCGGCGUGGCGCCGUUCCGAGCUGCCAUCCAGGAGCGGGUGGCACAGGGCAGGAGAGGGAACUUCCUCUUCUUCGGCUGCCGCCAGCGCUCCAAGGACUUCUACUGCCGGGAAGAUUGGGAAGAGCUGGUGGCAAAGGGCUUCCUGACACUAUUCACAGCCUUCUCCAGGGACCAGGAGGAGAAGGUCUACGUCCAGCACCGCAUCCGGGAGCAGCGCAGGCUGGUGUGGGAGCUGCUGAACUGCAGGGGUGCUCACCUCUACCUGGCUGGGAAUGCCAAGCAGAUGCCAGGGGCAGUGGCUGAAGCUCUGCAGUGGGUGCUGCAGGUGGAAGGAGGCCUCUCAGCCUCCCAAGCAGAGGAGUAUUUAGCGGCCCUGGAACGGUCCCAGCGCUUCCAGUCUGAGACCUGGUCGUGAGCCUGGCUGCCUGCCUCCCCCUGCCUCCCCCUGCCUCCCUCUGUCUCCCUCUGCCUCCCUC